GAAAGUUAACCAUCUUUUUGUUUUGCAGGAUGUCAGGGUUGUUCCAGAUGGGUGUAAGCUCACAUGGCAUAAGUGAAGGCUUGGUUAUCUUAAGAAACUCCCACCAAGUAAUUAAAUAGGAAAUGAUGUGGCUGAGCUGAUGAAUGGCAGCCAUGAUGAAGCUUUGUGGAGCUCUGGUCCUGUUCUUGACUGUGUCCAUAGCAACUGGAUUACGAUGCUACUCAUGCAUAUCAUCCAGGCCUGAAUCCUGCACAAAUGCUAUAAACUGUGCUUCACCCUUUAACAAAUGCUACUCUGUGAAAGUGGGUGAUUUAGUCAAUCUAGGAUGUGGACACACCUCUAUGUGCGUAAGCCCCUAUAAAUGCUGCAGUGGAGACCUGUGCAACAGCGCCUUCCCAGCUGGUCCCAGUGUCAUGCUGCUGCUGGUGUCCUCAGCCAUCCUCACACUCUUUCUCUAAAGCUUUGGAACAG